AUGAUCACAGGGCUUCACCUACAGUCCAUAUCAAUCAACAAUGGUAUCUCCUUCAAUGGGGUUACCUUCAAAACCAAACGUAUGCGGGUCAAAAUACGAAGUUUGAGGUUCAGAUUAUGGGGUAACACCAAAAUGACAAUCAUUGAUGAGCUAGAGGUGAAGCUCUAUCCUAUCCCUCAACCAAGGAAACAGAAGAGGAAGGCAUCUACGCGACAAGAUGAAAAUGAUACCGAUUCACUUGAGAAUGAUAUCUGCAUCUACCCACACAAUGUUAUCUUAAGAAAUGCUGUGCAAUUCCUUAUACGACGUUUACCAUGGCUAGAUUUGGAAAUGCGAAACACAACCUUCUACUCGGCACUUGACUAUAAAACCACCAUAGAAUACCUCAAGUAUAAUGCCAAAUCAAGAGAUAGUUUGAGACAUAAAGAUCGGUUGAAAUUUAGAACUGGAUUGUUUUUGAACAAUGUAUUUCAUGAAAUCAAAGCCAAAAACGAGCUUUUGACCCCAUUGAGAUUGGGAAGUUUCAGAGUUGAGCUAAAGUUUCUGAUCGAUUAUAGGAGCGGUAUCAUUGGCGGAUUUAUUGGAAAGAUUAAUGUUUCCGAAAGCAAUAUCCUGGUGUUCAAUACUGCAAAGUAUUAUAUACUACACGACGAGUUGAAAAAAGCAAACAAGAAGGACUAUCACUUUUCGGAUGGCGUUGAACUAGAUGACAAUGAAACUGGUGCGUCAAGUAAACUGGACUCGCAAGCAAAACUUGAAAAGACAUUUCUGUACAUACACAAGUUGCUCUCCGACGUCACCAUCCAUGUUGAAAAUUCACGAAUUUCAGAGAUCCCAUUUGUGACUAUUGAAAACAACGUUUCGAUUGCAGAAUACUACAACGAAGUUAAACCAAAGACGUCAUUGGAAUUGGUGACGAAAUCAGUUUCAUUCAACAUGUCGAGAUUGUACAACGAUGCAGCAGGUUUCGAAGUGCUAUUCAAUCCUAAGCAAGAUAUCCCAUUCCACUCUACUCUUUCCAUACAAUUGUUCAAAUUAUUUUUUGCAAAACGUGUGACCAUGGUGAGUGGAGCGUAUGGACUAGAAACCGAUGAAAUAUUGAGCAUGCCCAAUUACUCAUUCACCCAUAAAACAAAUAUGUUGAGCCAAGUUGUGCAAGCAAAAGGGUUCAAGAAUUGUGUCAUGGAGACAUUCUCGUCCGCCAGCUCACCUAUAUUUGACGUUGACUCGCGUCAAUUGAGUGCUUUUUUGUACAACAUAGUGUUAUUCAAGAAGUGGUUAACGCUAAGGAAAUUGCUCAAGAAAACCAACAAUGGAAGACAUGAUCUUGACGGCCAUAAAGUGACCGUAAAAGAAGAGCACCACGGUAAUCGAGAAUCGCUCAAGGCAAAACUUUGGAGAUACAUAAAUGAAUACUAUCCCAAAUUGGAUAUCAAGUUUGUUGUUGAGCAACCACGUUUUAUUCUACGAAAUUUUGAUGAUGGCGACAAUACCCAGUUGUUGGAAUUCUCCUGUUCAUUACUGAAUUUUAAUCUAUCAACGACACUGACUCGAGAUUAUGUUUCCAAUUUGGAAGUGUUGUAUCCAAGUGUCAAAUAUGUGUCCAAGAUAAACACAGACACCAAAACCGCGUCAUUGGAUCCUGUUCUGAAAGAGAUCUUUGGCCUUAGAAUUGUCAAUGUGAAGUUGGACGUUUUCAAAAAUUUGACUGUAUCGUCUAUUAUUGAAUUACAUGGCCUUUCCAUACAGUUGACCAGUUUGGACAUUUUCAAAGGAAUUCAUUGGCUUCUUCUGGACGUGACAAAACUAGCCGAAACUGAUCUUGAUAUUGGAGUAUUAAACAAAAAGUUUAAUGAUGAGCUAGCUUACUUGAAGACGAGAUUGGAGAAACAGAUUAGGGAGCCUCGGAGUUUUGAAAAGGUGCAGGUUCCUCGAGUCAAGGAUAAACUAUUUCGAUACUUGCCCUUUUGGCUCGCUCAAGUGGAGAUACGUUCAACAGACUGGGCUAUAUCUAUUGGAUCUAGAUCGGUUUUGAUCCCAAAGCAAGACUUGUUCAAAUCAGAUACAGCCGAUCUACAAUAUGAUACCGAUGACAGUAAGGAAUUGAGAAAGGUGAAUAUAAAACUCAACAGUUUCAAAGCUGGGCUUGUGAAUCAUGGAGCGCAAAGAGUUGACGAACAAACUCGCCAUGAUUCUUCAUCCUCCUCACUGGAUACUCUCACAUCGUUUGAUCUUGAUUCUGAAUACUGGUCGGUAUCGGCUACACUUGAAAUGUUUCAGAUCUUUAUGCCAGAUGACAGAAGUACAAAACGUUCAAAUACCGAGCCGCUUAUUGAGAUACCUACAUUCAAAUACGGGAUCGAUUCUGUAAGUGACUACCAGGGACGUAAUCAGCUAGUGGUACUGCUGAAUAUGGACAAGUUGCAGACCUUUUACAAUAGGUAUAAAUUAUUUACGUUGAUUGGCUCUAUAUACUUGGUGAGAGAGUUUAUUGUCACUCCAAUGAAAAUGAUGAAGCUGAAAUUGAAGAAGGAUAUGGACAAGUUUGAGGAACCUCCAGAAAGCCCACAAGGCCCAGAAUCACGCGAACUGAUGCUUGAUUUCAUCCAUGCAACAUUCAAUUUGGAAACGCUGGAUAUUGUUCUACAGAUUGCAGACUCAUACAAUCUCAAAGUUCAAUUGGCAAAUACACAUGUGGAAUUGGCAAACAAGACGGUGAAAUUGUCGUUGUUUUUCUUGAGAUGUCUAGCUGACUCGCCUAGUGCCAAAGGUAAGUGGUGUCGUUUGCUUUGCCUCGAUUCCUUGAGCUUAAACUUUGAGAUACCAAAGUCAAUAGACAACCUAUCACUUGACGUGCACACAGACGCAAUAAGAUUGAUCCAGCCUCAUAAGUUUAUUGUUUAUGAAUUGUUUGACAACUUGUCACUAACUGCCAAGCUUUCCAAACAUUUGAUCAAACUUCUCAAGGCUGAUGACUCAAAGGAAGGUGCCAACAUUGUCCAUCCUCAUGAAAUGAAACCAAUUGCGUUGCCAAAUGUGACGGUAAAGUCGAACCACUUGAAGUUUACAAUGGAAGACGAUCCAUUUGAAACAGAAUUGAACAUGAUUUACCAGUUGGGCAAGACUGAACAGAGAAAACGAUUGGAAUUGUACUCUCUUUUUGAAGAAAGAGAAGCUCGACUAAGUGAUGAUAAAGAAUACUUUACACGAUUGGAGAGGUUGCACACUACCAUAUCGGAAUCAUGGAUGCGAAAAGUCAAGAUUUACCAACAACAAUUGAGAGAUGAAGUUAUUGCACAUAAGGAUUAUCUUUUUGGGAAUGAGUGCCGUUUUGAUUCCGAUUAUAACAAAGAUGUUGUGGCGUAUCCAUACGAUGCCCCUUUAUUGACCAUUGGCAUGGAGGGAUUCAACCUUAAUUUAUCGAAACCUGAUUUUGGUCUUGAAAAUAUCGCCGAUUUCAUUCACAACGUGGGGCAAGGUGUUCCAAAGAAUACAAAGUACUCGGUGAUGGUGCCAAUGUAUGUAGAUUUGAAAUUGGCAGAAAUGAGAAUGCAAUUGCGUGAUUAUCCACUACCAAUUUUGUACUCCCCUAGGAAUAAAAGCACUGCCAAUGCCAGCUUAAUGUUGCGAGGUGACUUGGUUAUAAGUGAAAGAUAUGUCACUGAUGAAAAGGAAAUUAGACAAUUACACGUUCCACUAGUUGCCACCGAUAAGGAAGAUGCCAAUCGGUAUGACUUGUUAACUAUUGAAAAAACACUUUCCAGUAUCAAGAUGUAUACCAAGAUGGAUUGCGACUUCAAUUCCGACUACCCAACAAGAAUUGUUUGGGGUACAUCCUACAAUUUUGGUAUACAACAAUUUAUGCUUAACUUUGACCAAUUUUCCAAACCACCAGUUGAUCCAUCACAGAAAUUGGGAUUUUGGGACAAGCUCAAGUACAUUCUUCAUGGAAGCUGUAUUAUUAACACCAAGAAGAGUUUAGAGGUGGGGUUCAAAGGGUCCAGAGAUCCAUAUGAGUUGUUGUCAACUUCAGGAGGAUUUGUACUCUCCUUCAAAAAGAAUGUGAUUUGGAAAAUCAACAAGGAUGACAAUUCAAGAAACUUUUUUGACAUCACUUCGGACAAAGUAGCUUGGUAUAUACCCAACUACUUGGCAACGCCAUUAUUAGCCUGGACCAGAAGCAGUAUUGAUUCCGUUUACCUUCCAGAGUCCCCACAUUUUAUCAAUACCUGCUUUGGCUAUUAUCUUGAAGAUUCUGCUACAAAGCCCGACUUUGAUUUGCUAAACAAUGUUUAUGGCAAGAAUGUGAUAAGUUUAAGCGGGGGCAUUGCGUUUCAUGUUGGAUUCCUUCUUCAACGCAAAGUCGAUGGUAAGAGAGUUGAAGAUUUCAAACCGCAUUAUGAUGUGCAUCUAACGAAUCCGAAAUAUUGUGACGAUGGACACGAUUCGUAUGCUGGUUUUAGAUCUGAGUAUGUACACAUGGCAAUAUCUUUGGUGGCUGACCGUGAAGCUAGUUACAACACCAUACACUUGAGUCCAGGAGCUUUUAAUCAACUUUUUGCAUGGUGGAAAUUGUUUGCUAGUAACAUGAUGUUGCCAAUACGACGAGGUCCGUUGUUUGGUGAAAUGAAGAAAUCGGUCAAAUUUUCUGAGCAUUUGUUUACCAACAAGUUUUCCUUCUACUUGAAGUCGUUGUUUAUUGCCCACAUGUAUCGAGAUGAGAUUGUGGAUAUUGACGAUGAUAGAGUUGAGUGUGUUGGCUUAAGAGGUAGAGUUGACGAGUUUUCGGUUGAUUUGCAUCAGCGGAAGCAACCAGUAACCUUAUAUCACGAAGAGCUUUCCAAACGAACCAAGGUCAUGAAGAUGAACUUCAAUAUUGGAGAAGUGACGUUAUCAAACAUCGAUUUGCGAGUUGUGCAUGCAAGUUUCUCGCAAAACUUGUAUCAUGAAAACAGAAACUACAAUGAAAAAGAGUCCAGCUACAACAUUUAUGGCGAUGAGAAGAUUUGGUUUGACAUGCAGGAUUAUGAAGAGACAUUCUUGCCGUCUUUGAAGCAUUGCCCACGCACGGUUGAAAUCUACCCGCUUAUGUUUUCCGAAAGGUUUUCAUACGAAAGAGAUACCGAAAAUGAUGCCAGUGCAAACCAGGAGGAUGACCAGUUUGGAAAUGAAGACAUCCACGAUUGUCGGAUCCAUGCACGCAAAGAGUCUGACCUGAGGGUUAAGAUGCUAGAGGCGAGACAGGGGGCAAUUGAUCAACAAAUUACUAAAUUACGCAAUAAAGGUGCUUCCACUAAGGAGUUGGAAGAAAGAGCCAGAUUUGUCAAGCGCAUGGUUGAUAAUGCAAAGAGAAGUGCACCUGUUACUCAUCGAAAUCAAUCAAUUGUAUCUAUUGAAAAAGAAGAGCAUUUCCAUAACAAGUUUACGUGGCUGAGUAUGCUACUCAAAUGGAACAGGACCUGCCGUGAUAAUGCUAUGAGGUAUCUCCAUUUUGUUCAAUUGAAAGCGACCAUGAGAAAGUACUUGUCAUAUGAAUCAAUUUCAACCCUUGAAAAGUUUAUUAAAGAGAACGACUAUGGGUCCGAUAUUGAAUCUGUACCGUCUUCCAGCCAACCAAGUGACCAAUUCGUGGGCAACGGCGAAGACAAUCUAAAAAUAAAGUCAAGAUCCGCGGAACAGACUUCACAGGAAAGGCUCGAGAAUUUUACAAAAAUCUUGAAAGAAGUCGAAGGGAAUAGAUCGUUAUCAGAAGAUUACUUCAUUGACGUUGUUUCACCUCAAAUUCAACUUCAAAGCGAUGACUCUCCAGAUUCUGUGGUGAUUGUGUCUACGCCUUCAAUUACAGGGAAAUUCAUAUCGGUGUUGAAUUCAAAAGAUACCGCCAAUCCUGAAGUUUUGGAAACAAGGUUUGGUGUGGUUUUGCAAGAUGCAAGUGUGUUUGUUUUGAACAAAAAGGAUGUUUUGGGCGCAGACUCCAUGAUACUUGCUAAACUGCCAUAUGGUGCUAAAGCAAACUGGCCGCCGUGGCUUGGUCCAGAAAUUACUCAGAGGGGUAUAUGGGCUGGUGAAAAUCAACUACUCAUACAGAACUUAUCGGUCAUGGUGGUGUUUUACGAUACGGAGAUAAUGAGCAAACAGUUGUCGAAAGGCAAUGAGGAUACUUCCGAUGCGAAUGAUGAUCUGGGGUUGUCCACCCUGGUGGAAGCACCAAAGAGGUUGCGGAUAGAUAUGCCGUCGGUUGUUUUGACGUCUACAUCUUCGCAAUACUUUGCGUUGUACCUGAUAAUUGUUAGUCUUUUGUUUUACAGCGAACCAAUGAGUAAAGCAAUUGCUGAAAAGAUUGAAAAGAUGAAGUUUUCAAUUGAUUUUGAUAAUUUGCCAGCCGUGGCGGAAAAAGUCAAAGGGAUGCAACUGUAUUUCCGUAUCAUGAGAUUGUUGAAUGCCAACUACAGCUUCCGAAGGGGCCAUAUGAACAACGAGGAUUUGAACAAUUACCUACAAUUAAACUUGGAAACUGGUGAUGUUGCUAGCGAAAUUUACCUUUUGUUGAGGACCUUGCUAAUGGGGGACUUUUUCAGUGACACCUCAAACCACCCACAAGUUUCUUUCUUGAUUAAAGCGGAUGAGGUUAUUUUACAUAUCUUGGAAGAUGACCGAACUCCCAUUGUGGAUCUUGCUCUUGCCAAUGGUGUCUACAAACGAAAGGAGCUUGAAAGUGGGUCCAAUUUGAAUCAAAUACAGAUUCAAAUGUUGCAAGGAUUCAAUCUUAUCAAAAAUGCAAGGUAUCCUGAUUUCAUUGGUCCGUUUGAUUUGAGUCAACAUUCAAGUAAAAACUUGAUUGAUUUACAAUGGACCAUGAAUAGAUCUGUUGGUGGAAUUAAAGUUGUUGAAAAUUUACAAGUGAAUGCUUUACCGUUAAAUAUCAAAGUUGAUGAAAUAACUGGUGAGAAACUUAUGAAAUUCAUAUUCCAAACUGAUUCUACAGAUAUCAAAGAAAGCAAAGUUAUCGAAAUGGCAAACAAUACAGAAGCUAAAGAAAAGGAGCUUGAAGAUCCUUCGGAACAAGAUCAGUACGGAUUAGUGGAGGAAACAGAGGGAGCCAACAAGAGCGCUAGAUUGGAUAGAAAGCUUCAAGAACGAAGCAUGACGAGCUCUAGACUGAAUAAGCGAAGUUUGACUCGUCUUUCAGGAAAGAGUCAUUCAAGCAGCAAAAGUUCCAAUGGCGGUAGAGACGACGAGGAAGAUGCUGACCAAGUCAAUGAAAUGAUUGAAAGAUCAAAACAAUACUUCUCAAUCAUUUCUCUUACCGUCAGGGCCAUUACCUUGCGAAUCACCAUCAAAUUGAACAAGGGGUACAAGAGGUUGUUGAAUGUUCAUGAUUUCAGAGUUGAAUUACCCGAGUUGGUGAUCAAGAAUCGUAUUCUUUCAUUUAUUGACUUGACGGAUAUUAUCAAGAAAUUGGUUCUAAAGAGUCUUUGGAGUCAUAUAGGCCGUUUAUUGAGCAACAAAAUGACCACAAGUGACAAGUCACUGGAUAUGUUGGCGAAUGAAAAAUUAAUGUCGGUGAAAACUUACAACAAGUUUAUUCCAAUUCGUGAAUUGGCAGUAGUUAGAACUAAGGAGUAG